AUGGCACCAGCUCCCAUUGACCCUGCUAUCCGAGAUGUAGUGGAACCGAAGAAGGACAGGCUCGGUCUCCCGGAUGCCGCCUUUCAAAGGCUCACCAAGGCCGGGAUUGACCUGAGCGAGGGCUACCCGUACCGUCCUUCGCGCCCUCUCUACUUACAGGACGUGUACAACAUCCGCAAUCAGCCCUGGGAGCACAAUGAGCGCGGCGCCGCAGCAGACAAGUCUAAGAGCUCGCUAUUCGCUGCUGCCACCAAAGUCACUGACCUGACGGCACACAUCGGCACCGAGAUCGAGGGUCUUCAGCUGCGAGACUUGACGGAUCAACAGCGUGAUGAGCUCGCAUUGCUGAUCGCCGAGCGAAGCGUGGUUUUCUUCCGCGACCAGGACAUCUCUCCACAGGAGCAGAAGGCCCUUGGCGAGUACUACGGCAAGGUUGAGAUCCACCCCCAGGUGCCUCAGGUUCCUGGCGUGCCCGGUGUGACAGUCAUCUGGCCGGCCCUGCAGGCGACGGAGCGACCGGCCAACUUCCGCAACCCGGGAGGAGCGUCACGGUGGCACACGGACCUCGUGCACGAGCUUCAACCGGCCGGGAUCACGCACCUACACAACGACACCGUCCCGCCCGUCGGCGGGGACACUCUGUGGGCAAGUGGCUACGCGGCUUACGAGAAGCUCUCGCCGGCGUUCCGCAAGAUCAUCGGUGGCCGGUACGCCGUCUACCGGUCGGCCCAUCCGUAUCUCGACCGUGAGAACCCCCAUGCUGGACCUAAAUACAUUGAGCGCACGCACCCUCUCGUCCGGGUCCACCCGGCCACCGGGUGGAAGGCCCUGUGGGUCAACCGAGCCAUGACAGACCGCAUCGUCGGCUUCGACAAGGCCGAGAGUGAUGCCAUUCUGAAUUACCUUUAUGAGGUCUAUGAGACAAAUGUGGACAUCCAGGUGCGCUUCAAGUGGACACCGAAGACGAGUGCGCUCUGGGACAACAGGCAAGUGGCGCUUCGAGUUCUCGCUGAUAUCUUAUUCCUUUCUAAUCUUAUCAAAGAAUCACCAUUCAUAAUGCAAGCUGGGAUUAUGGAGGACUGCACCCCCGACACGGAACGAGAGUGA